UGCCAUCAACCCAGGACCCAAGCUUUGAUUUCCAACAACAACCUCAUUACUCCCAUUUCUCCGUGAUACCCAGGCAAACAGAAACCUCCACACCGAGAUACACGUCUGUCUCAAGCUACGGUUCACAUUUACACAUCCUCAGCUCAAGCCUGGUAGAGUCCAGCAAGCAAACAAGCAUGUUUAUCGCACGUUCGGAAUAUGAUCGAGGGAUCAACACCUUCUCCCCCGAAGGCCGCCUCUUCCAAGUCGAAUACUCCCUCGAAGCAAUCAAGCUCGGCUCGACCGCCAUCGGCGUCGCCACCGGCGGCGGCGUCGUCCUCGGCGUCGAAAAGCGCGUGACCUCCACCCUCCUCGAGACCUCCUCCGUCGAAAAGAUCGUCGAAAUCGACCGGCACAUCGGGUGCGCCAUGUCCGGACUCCAAGCCGACGCGCGCAGCAUGGUCGAGCACGCGCGCGUCGAGUCGCAGAACCACGCUUUCAACUACAACGAGCCGCUGCGCGUGGAGAGCUGUACGCAGGCGAUUUGCGACCUUGCGUUGAGGUUUGGGGAGGGCGCGGAUGGGGAGGAGAGUAUUAUGAGUAGGCCGUUUGGGGUGGCGUUGUUGAUUGCGGGGUUUGAUGAGGAUGGGCCGCAGCUGUAUCAUGCGGAGCCGAGUGGGACGUUUUAUAGGUAUGAUGCUAAGGCUAUUGGGUCGGGGUCGGAGGGGGCGCAGGCGGAGUUGCAGAAUGAGUUCCACAAGUCUCUGACGAUUGAGGAGGCCGAGACGUUGGUUCUGAAGACACUGAAGCAGGUUAUGGAGGAGAAGCUCGAUUCCAAGAAUGUUCAGCUGGCGAGUGUGACUAAGGCGAGGGGAUUCCGGAUUUACACGGAUGAGGAGAUGGCUGCGGUCGUGGAGAGAUUACCAGCGAACUAGACUGAGCUAUGUAUUUUAUGAUAGAGAUUGGAGUUCCUGAAAGCAAAAGUCACUGGCAUCUGGCAUCUGUAUGUUUUAUGCUGAUUAGAGAAGCGUGAGGUCAUUAUUUUUGAAUUACACACUAGAUGCGAUGGAACUCAAA